AUGAGCGACGGGAAAGAUCAAGAGCACGCACCUCUUCUGGGAAGCAAUAAGGCAGGAUCAAAGUCCCGUUCAAAAAAAGCUGCGAACAGAAGACGCAAGCGGAAGUCUGCUUUUAAGACUUCAUCAAGCUCGGCUGCUCCCGGACGGGCUCAUGCUGAAAUGGAUCACCACAAGGGCCACCCUACCUCGUCAGCUACUGACUUUGAUAAGACAGACUCUUGGGGCAUUCUUCAUGAGGGUACAGACGAGGAAACGACCAAUACCCGCGACUCAUCGGAUCUGAAUUUGUCUUCAGCUCAUCACCCACAGUCGUACUUUGAUCACCGACCAUCGAUUGCCGUCAUGGAGGCCAUGAACUCGACAGGUAGCGUUCGCAGGCCCAGAAAGGCUAGUGUAUCAAGGGCUAAUCGUGCCGGCUCAUUUAGCAGCUCUAGUAAUACCAACAAAAGGAAGACUGGAACCGAAGUACUCUCGGGUAUUUCACCACACGAGGCAGAACGAUGGGCAAAGGCCGCGGCUAAAGCGUCCAGGACUAGAGCACACUCAAGGGGGGAUGAUGUUAUUAUAGACGUUGAUGCACUCAUGGAUCAUGUUAAUCGCUCGAAUCUCAGCCAGUCGCCCGGUGAAUCAUCCAUAGCAAGCUCCGGCGACGGUUAUAAUUCUCAACCUUCAUCCAAACGGACGUCGAAUGCGUCUUCACUAAAUGACGUAUGUCUCCCUCUAGACGAUGAGGAUGUGGCGGGUACCAAGGUAUGGCCUGAUGUCGCUGUCUUGGAAGAAUUUUCUAAAGCUGAGACUGAAAGGUUGCGUAGUCAAGCAGUUCAAGAUGCGGAGAAUUUCCACUUUCAGUACGACGACGAAGACGACUAUGACGACGAUGGCGGUAAUGACGGGGUUUUAUUCUCCAAACCCAUCGUAACUAAUAUUGAUGUUCCAGAACUGGGAAACACGCGAAUAAAUGAAGCAGAACACAUGGAGGCGGGGCGGUUAAGACCGAAAAAGAUCACACCUUGGCAUUUGCGCCGUAAUGGUAAUAAAAUACCUGGCUUCAGCGGGCAGACAGACGCUAAAAAUGUUAGUGUUGUAUCAAAGAAGGAGCCGAAGCAUCACGAAGAAUAUCUUGUGGGGAAUAAAAUACAAUAUCCCCCCCAUAUUGUGUCUAAUAACCCAGAACAUUUUCGGUUUACGUAUUUCAGAGAGGAUUUGGAUUCUACCAUUCAUUCCCCAACAAUCUCGGGUCUGUUGCAACCGGGCCAGAAGUUCGACGAAUUAUUUGUUAAUGCUGUUUACGGCAAUAACAACCACACUUCUGUCGCUAGUGACACAAAGAGCAGCUCUCCUCAACCUCAACCCUCUUUACAGAAGCUCACUACUACCCAAUCAACUUCGAUAGACGAUUUUGACUGUGAGCCAUUUUGGCUGGACGUUUCAAACCCGACCGAAGAAGAAAUGAAGGUUUUGAGUAAAGCCUUUGGUAUUCACCCUUUAACGACUGAGGAUAUUUUUCUAGGGGAGGUGCGUGAGAAAGUAGAACUUUUCAAAGAUUACUACUUGGUGUGUUUUAGAAGUUUCGAUAUUGUAGCCGAGCGGUUUACAAGAAAGAAAAAAAAGCAGCAGCAAGAGAUGUCAUCUGCUAACUCGUCGGACAAUGAUCAUGCAGAAAGUUCGAAUGGUUUGUUUUCGAGAUUUUUCAAGAACCGCAGAACUUCGUCUCCAAAAAGUAAUUCAAGUUCGAGUUCCAGUUACAGGAGCAAAGCUAGAAAACAGAUUGAAGAAAACGAAAAGUAUAAACGUAAAUCUGGUGACAGACGUAAGCCCCGUGACGGCGAGCUCGAGCCAUUGAACGUUUACAUUAUUGUUUUUAGUACAGGUGUGUUGACUUUUCAUUUUGCCCCGACACCCCACCCUAUCAACGUCCGGAGAAGGGCGCGUCUUUUGAAGGACUAUCUUAACGUGACCGCUGAUUGGGUUGCUUAUGCGCUCAUUGAUGAUAUUACGGAUGCAUUCGCCCCAAUGAUUGAAAUAAUUGAAGAUGAAGUACACGAUAUCGAAGAAUCCAUCUUGAAAAUGCAUCAUUCUGACGACUCAUCGGACGACGAUGAUAGUUCGGAUGACGAGCUCUACGAUAACGGAUAUGCUAGCAUAAACCGUUACCCCAGAAGAGGAAGUGCAAUUGGCGACACAGCAACCUUUUCAUCACGCACGAGAUCGUCAGGUUCAUCAACCUCUGCCUCGAGCAUUGACACCAACAUCAUAGGGUGGAAACGCAAAGGGGAUAUGUUGAGACGUAUUGGUGAAUGUAGAAAGCGAGUGAUGAGCAUAGUUCGGCUUCUGGGUUCCAAAGCUGACGUCAUUAAAGGGUUUUCUAAGCGUUGCAACGAACAAUGGGAAGUCGCUCCGCGGUCUGAGAUUGGGAUGUAUCUGGGUGAUAUACAAGAUCAUAUCGUAACGAUGGUGGCAUCGCUCAAUCACUACGAGAAAUUGCUCAGUCGAUCUCAUUCCAAUUACCUAGCCCAGAUCAAUAUCGAUAUGACUAAGGUUAACAACGAUAUGAACGAUGUUCUUGGAAAGAUCACUAUUUUGGGUACAGUCGUAUUGCCUAUGAAUAUUAUUACUGGUUUGUGGGGUAUGAACGUGUUGGUCCCGGGCCAGGAUACUCAUUCUCUCACCUGGUUUACUUGCAUAACAACAUCCAUGUUCAUCUUUGCUUAUUGCGCUUACAUAUACACCAAGAAACGCUUUGGGUUCUAG